UGCGCAUUCCGUUGGAACAUUACUGCAGUCGGGGUAUACAAAUAAUAGAUGGUUCACACUAACUUCAAUUUUUACCUACUAUUUUGUUAAUGUACAUUAUAAAAAUUAAAAAGUAAACUUUUAAAAAUAUAAAUCUGAAAUACAAACAUAAGCUCGAUAGGGUGGACCAAUUUAUACUGAUACUAUUAUUAUAAAUAUAUAAAUAUUAGCUAGAAAUAGAUAACUAAAUAAAUAUUUUGAUCUUUUUGAUAGAUUUAUUUUUAAAAUAUUAAUAUCUUUACUUUAUUAUAUUGUGCAAUUUUAACCAAUCACGUAGCCUGUUGGUGGAGUUUAUUAUACAUAAGUAAGAGUGCAUUCUAUAUAUUGACAUAUAUUCUAGGGUAACGAAUAACGACAAGUACCUCGUAGGUUUUGUCCGAAUAAAAAGGGAAAAAUGCUUAUCCAGAGAGUCAUUACAAGUGUACCAAAAGUUAUCAAACGUAACAUUGGUAUUCUUGCACCAGCACUUCAAAAAGCAACGGAUCCUAUACAACAACUUUUCUUAGACAAAAUACGCGAAUAUUCUGCAAAAAGCGCUGGUGGAAAGUUAGUUGAUGCUACUCCUGAACUUGAAAAAGAGAGGAAAUCUGAGCUUGAUAGAAUUCGGAAACAAUAUGACAUAAAGGGUGAUCCAAAAGACUUCCCAAAAUUUAAAUUUGAAGCUCCAGUAGUGGAAAAAUGAA